AUGUUGAAUCAGUACCUAUCAGUCUGGGAUGGAGAUCUUUCCCUUGUGAAUUCGACAUUCCACCCCGAUGUGAGAUUGUUCUCUGACCGUUUCCCUUCUUCUACUGGAAAUGGCAGCACCCUCACUGCGGUGACCAACCGAGACGAAUUUGCUGCAUUCGUUGAAAAUGCCCGGGCUGGAUGGGAAAAGUACACUUUUGAUCCUAUCCGAUGGGUUAGCAACGGCCAUCAGAUAGUUGUUCGAUGGAAAAUGGAGGGUAUACUUGGAAGUAACUUCACACGCUUCCCCACGCCGCUGGAUGCCGGAUCCUCAGUCACAUACAAUGGGACAGAUUUCCUCGUUUUGGAUGAGUGUACGGGUCUCAUCCGUGAGGAUUAUAUUGCCCAGGACCUCAUCACUCACUUCGACGUUAUGGGACUGACCGAGAUAAAUGUUUAA